AUGCCAUACAAGAUCCAGGGAUCGCUGUUGAUGACGGUUCAACGUUUAGACAGUGAACUGACGAAAAUUCUUCAGAACGCAGAUUGUCACUCGAACGAUUAUAUUGAAAAACUGAAGGGUGAAAAGGACAUGUGCACAUUAAUCGAGCGAACUGAGAAGUACGUACAGGAGCGUAUUCAUGAAGAUAUCUUCGACGUGGACGAAGUUUGUAAGGUGUAUAUGACUCGAAUCGAGCAUCUUUAUUACAAGUUAAGCACUCAACUUGUCAACUAG